GUGUGCUUUGUGAUUAAUCUCUAAUCACACAAACACACAGAGAGAGAGAGAGAAACAUACACCAGGGAUGUGGACAUACUGAUCCUCAAGUGAUAUCUACUAGUUCCGAAUUAGUGUCCAGAAUUAGUUCCAUCCCGAGUGUUCUGCAGUCAUCUUUGAGAUCCAGUCUGAGUGUUCUAGAGUUGCCUUAGUGUUUUUGAGUGUUCUGAGUGUUCUAGAGUUGCCUUAGUGUUUUUGAGUGUUCUGAGUGUUCUAGAGUUGCCUUAGUGUUUUUGAGUGUUCUAGAGUUGCCUUAGUGUUCUGAGUGUUCUAGAGUUGCCUUAGUGUUUUUGAGUGUUCUGAGUGUUCUAGAAUGGUCUUCACCCCACACUGGAAAGACGGGAGGGGACUGGACAGUGCGCAGCUCCUGCCGUGAUGACACCUCUAGGUGACUCAACAGGUAGUAUUACCAGUAUGAACAUCAGUACCAGGGAUAGUUGUGAUGCAUUCCAACUCUCCAGUAGCCCCGUCCCCAGUAUUACUUGGCCCUACAUCGCCGCUGAGCUGCUCAUCGCUCUCCUCGCUAUCGCUGGGAAUUUCCUGGUCUGUCUGGCCGUGAACCGAAACCGGAAGCUGCGCACCGUCACCAACUACUUCCUGGUGUCGCUUUCGGUGGCCGACAUCUUUGUGGGCGUGCUGGCGAUCCCGUGCGCCGUGUUGACCGACUUGGGCGAGCCGCGCCACAACCUGCCUCUGUGUCUGCUCCUCCUGAGCGUGCUCAUCGUGCUAACCCAGAGCUCCAUCCUCAGCCUGCUAGCGGUAGCCGCAGAGCGCUACGUGGCCAUCCUGCUGCCGCUCCAGUACCAGAGGAUCGUGAGCCCCAGGAACGCCCGGCUGGCCCUGAUCCUCACCUGGUGUCUGGCCCUAUUCUCUGGUUCCAUCCCUCUGAUGGGCUGGCACGAAUCACUGCCACCUUCUGGGGCCUGUCUCUUCCCCUGUGUGGUCAAUUUGAGUUAUAUGGUCUACUUCAACUUCUUGGGCUGCGUGCUGGUUCCCCUGGUGGUCAUGUUUAUCAUCUACGGUCACAUCUUCCUCACGGUCCGACAGCAGCUCAGACGCAUCGCUGCCGGGAGGGGACCAGCCAGACCUGAUACCAGGGAUGGAGAGAGGGGACCAGCCAGGCCUGAUACCACAGAUGGAGAGAUGGGACCAGCCAGAUCUGAUACCAGGGAUGGAGAGAGGGGACAAGCCAGGCCUGAUACCAGGGAUGGAGAGAGUGGACCAGCCAGACCUGAUACCAGGGAUGGAGAGAUGGGACCAGCCAGGCCUGAUACCAGGGAUGAAGAGAUGGGACCAGCCAGGCCUGAUAUCAGGGAUGGAGAGAUGGGACCCGCCAGGCCUGAUAUCAGGGAUGGAGAGAUGGGAACAGCCAGGCCUGAUACCAGAGAUGGAGAGAUGGGACCAGCCAGGCCUGAUAUCAGGGAUGGAGAGAUGGGACCAGACAGGCCUGAUAUCAGGGAUGGAGAGAGUGGACCAGCCAGGCCUGAUACCAGUGAUGGAGAGAGUGGACCAGCCAGGCCUGAUACCAGGGAUGGAGAGAGUGGACCAGCCAGGCCUGAUACCAGGGAUGGAGAGAGUGGACCAGCCAGGCCUGAUACCAGGGAUGGAGAGAGUGGACCAGCCAGGCCUGAUACCAGGGAUGGAGAGAGUGGACUAGCCUGGCCUGAUACCAGGGAUGGAGAGAGUGGACCAGCCAGGCCUGAUACCAGGGAUGGAGAGAGGGGACCAGCCUGGCCUGAUACCAGGGAGGGAGAGAGGGGACCAGCCUGGCCUGAUACCAGGGAUUGUGGGACUGGGGCUGGGAGCAGAGUGGAUGACGCUGGGGCUGGAAAGAGGGCUAGGGUUGAGUUUGGGGCUGGAAAGACGACUAGGGUUGAGGCUGGGGCUGGAAAGACAACUAGGGUUGAGGCUGGGGCUGGAAAGAGGGCUAGGGUUGAGGCUGGGGCUGGAAAAAGGGCUAGGGUUGAGGCUGGGGCUGGAAAGAGGGCUAGGGUUGAGGCUUGGGGUGUUAGUGGGGUAUCAGUGUGGGGAGGAGCUGGGAAUAAAUGGUCAGAGGGUGAGAGUUGGAGUGGAAAUGCUGCGGAGAUGACUAGCCAUGCUAGUGGCUGUGUUAGAACUGAUUCUGGGUCUGUGGUAGCCAGUGAAUCCAAGUCUGAGUCCAGAGGUCCAAUGAAGGACAGGUGUGGGUCCGGUGUCAGCGAGUAUAAGCGAACGGUGCGUAUGCGCCGUGAGGUGAGGAAGGCCACCUCUCUGUUCCUGGUGUUGUUCCUGUUUAUGCUGUGCUGGCUGCCUCUCCACUUCCUGAACUGUGUUACGUUGAUGUGCCCGCGCUGCCACGUGCCCCUGCCCCUCACCCUGGCAGCCAUACUACUGUCCCACGCCAACUCUGCCCUUAACCCGCUGCUCUACGCCUAUCGCAUGAGGUCCUUCAGACACACACUGAGGGCGCUCUGCUGCACACACACUGCAUGAUACACACACACUGCAUGAUACACACACACACUGCAUGAUA